AUGCUGUUCACGCAUAUUCGUGCGGUGCGCCCUCUCACUUUCCAAGCGCGUAGAAUGUCCAUGAGGACUGUAGCCAUUGAGCACGGCGUACCUUUGGCGCUCUACUACUUUAUCACAAAUGAAACCCUCGUUUGCUUGCUGACGUACUUGCUACACUACGAUUACUUUGGGCAAGAUGACCUUAUUGGAUUUUUGAAAUUUGUCGGAGCCUCGAAAUACAUAGACCUGAACUCAAUCGAAGGAAAAAGGUGGUCAUUUUUUGACGAACGGAUCACUUUGAGCGCGCGACUCGUCGCAAACUUCACAGCGGCGUCGCUGUUUAUGUCGCUAUGGACACCCGUUCAGCUGCCCAUUUGCAUCACUACCUAUCCAUAUCUGAAGCGCAUCAGUCAGCGCUUGAUGGAAAAGGGUUCUUUCCCUGAACGGAUUAAGAGUUGUGGCUGGGUGGUGUAA